AUGGCGGGGAUCGCAGCGGGUUGCCCGAAAUUGGAAAAGCUGAAAUUGGUGUGGGGCUGGAAUGGUGUCGACGUCAACGAUCGAGCGUGGCGAAAUCUCACGAAGAACUGCCCGCUCUUGACCUCACUGGAGCUAAACUCACGCUAUCAGCGCUCCUACAUACGGCAGCCGCCACUCCCCCCCCUGCACCUAUUCCCCUCACUGCAGUCCCUCUCUCUCCUCUACGGCUCCCUCGCAUCCCUCGCCCUCUUUCCUUCCCUCUUCUCCCUCUCCCUCCACUGCUGCACCAUUGAUCCAAACGAGCUUCACUCCUUCUCACGCUCCCUCCACUCCCUCUCACGCUCCCUCCACUCACUCACCCACCUCACCAUCCACUCCUUCCCACUCGUCUCCUCCCGCUCCCUCAUCCCCAUCCUCCAAGCCAACCCUGCUCUCUCCUCCCUCACCUCCACGAAACCACCUACCGUCUACUGCAGGGGUCUGAGCUCGCUGAGUGUGGAAGCGGUGAUAGAUCCUCCGGGGCGGCAAUUUCCGCGGGAUGUGUCUCUGGACGGCCUUGUGAGUAUGCUCGAGCGGGUGGAGCGGAUCGUGGUUGGGGGGGGACGGGCAGGAGGGGAGGCAGGACGGGAGGCAGGAGGGGAGUCUGGAACGGAAGGGUGGGAGAAAGGAAAUGCGGGUGGUUCUGCAGCCGCAGCAGCUGCUGUGGCGUCACGGAUAGCAUGCAGAGCAGCAGCAGGGGGCAGUGGGAGAUACGUGGACUUUCGCACAGAGGCAGUGGCGGCUCAGGCAGACAAGUUCGUGGCAACACAAAGCGCAAUCAAUUUCUUUGAUGCUGCUGAAGAAGCCAUUCGGAUCGCCCAAUCUGACGCCAGCUGGGCGGCGCGUGCAGAGGGAGAGAUCGCGGUGGCACAGAUUGCUGCCUGCCUCGGGAAUAUCAGGUCUGGGAUUUCGGCAUGCCGGUCAUUUUGCCUGGCGGUUCGCGAGUCGAAGGCGGCUUUUCAGUGGGAGGAAAGGCUGAUGAGGGCAUUCGUUGCUACUCCUGCUCCUGCUGCUGCUGACACCAACGCCGCUAAUGCUGCUGGCCAGGCCGCAGGAUUUUUUUAUACAGAUGCAAAUUUUGGACAAGAGGACAUGGAUGGGGAGGAGGAAGGGGAUAAUAUCAGGGGCAUGGAUGGCAUUCUGGCCGUUGAUGGCUUGCCUGAGAGUGCGCCAGGUAGGGUGCGGUCCGGUGCGGUGGAGACACGUGAAGAGGUGUUGGGCAUGGUGAGGCCACUGACGGAGGAGCUGAGGGAGCAGCAUAUGGCCGUGCGUGAAAGCUUGCAUUUUCUGCGCCAUCUGAACUCUUCCUUGGGUGCGGCCACUCUGCCGCAACCAGUGCUGGGUGCGGCAGCAGGGGAGGCAGCAGCAGGGGAGGCGGCACCAAUGUCCUUUCAGUCCAUUGCUCGAGCUGCUGUUUUUGGACAGCUCAAACGGCUGGUCCUGGUGCAGUGCUUGGGGUUGGAGGUGCAGGAGUGGAUCCAAAUGCUUGCCGCAUGUGUCAGGCUCCUGACCUCUCUGGAGCUAAACUCACGCUAUGCGCGCGCGCGUCUCUCCUACACACGGCAGCCGCCACUCCCUCCCGUGCACCUCCUCCCCUCACUGCAGUCCCUCUCUCUCCUAUAUGUUCCCUCAGACUACCUCUCCAUUCCCCGCUGCUCCUCCCUCACCACUUUAACCCUUUGGGCACCUGAAUCCUCCGCUCUCUCCUCCCUUGCCUUCUCCUCCUCUUCCUCAUCCUCCUCCCUUGCAUCCUCCCCCCCAUCCCCUCUACGCGCAUCGCUCACGUCUCUCACAAUCCACUCUGCUGAACUUGAGGGCUCCGUCUCUUCCUUCUCCCUCUUCCCCUCCCUCGCCUCCUUCUCCCUCCACUCCUGCACCAUCGACCCAUACGAACUCCGCGCUCUCUCACCCUCCCUUCACUCUCUCACCCACCUCACCAUCCACUCCUGCCCACUCGUCUCUUCCCACUCCCUCAUCCCCAUCCUCCAAGCCAACCCUGCUCUCUCCUCCCUCUCCCUCCACGGCACCACCUACUGUCUGUUUGCCGCACAGGUCUUCCGCUCUCUCCUCUCUCACUCCUCUUCCCAGCUCCACUCCGUCCACCUCGCUGGUCUACCCUCCUUCCGCCCGGGCUUGCUUGCAGCCUGCAGUGCCCUGCGGUCGCUCAGCCUGGAAGGGGUGGUCGAUUGUGCCUCAGACUCCUUAUUGCCACGCGCUGUAUCAUUGGACCGCCUUGUGGGUAUGCUCGUGCGCGUGGAACGGAGAGGGGAACGGAGAGGAGAGGAGGCAGGAGAGGAGGCAGGAGGGGAUUCAAGGGAGGAGGCAGAAGGGGAUGGUGGAGCAGACGUAUCAGAGAAAGCACAUCAGAGUGUUUCUGCUGCUGCUGCAGCAGCACAAGUAUCCCCAAGAGGGAACGACGAGCAGUGGGGGGGGUACGUGGAUAUUCGCAGAGAGGCAGAGGCAGCGCAGGAGGAUAAGCUAGCAGCAGUAGGCGAUGUGGUCCGCCUUUCUCGAGUAGCCAUUGAAGCCUCCAAAACCGCCCAUUCUGAUGCACUCUUGGCGGCACGUGUGGAGGGUGAGGACGCCGUGCCUCGGAUCGUUGCCAGCCUCGGGAAGAUCAGGUUCGGGAUCUCGGCGUGCCGGUCCUUCUGCGCCGGGGUACGUGAGGCCAAUGCGGCGAUCGAGUGGGAGGAGGCGCUGAUGCAGGCUCUUGCUGCUGCUGCUGCUGCUGCUGUUGGUGUCUCUGAUAUGUCUACUGCUGGUAAUAUACCUGCUGCUGCUGCUCUCCAGGCUCCAGGAUUCUUUACUACGGAGCUAAAUCAUGAAGAAGCGGAGGACAGAAGUGGGGAGGAGACAGACACAGUAGAUGGAAGCAGGGGGGUGGAUAGCAUGCUACCUGAUGAUGGCCUUCCUGAGAGUGUGCUGGGUGGGGUGCGGUCUGAUGCGGUGGAGACGCGUGCAGAGGGGGUGGAGAGGCUGCAGGAGCUGAUUGAGGAGCUGGGGGAGCACACUGACGCCGUGUCUGCGAGCUUCGACUCCUUGCGCCCUCUCACCCCCACUUUUGCUCGGUCAGUGGUGGAUGCAGCAGCAGCAGGAGGUGGGGCAUCAACAUCAGGAGGAGGAGGGGCAGCAGCAGGAGGAGGAGCAGAUGGAGCAGCAGCGCCUCAUGCGGGGGCGGCAGUGCGUAAGGGAAUAGCAGCAGUUUCAGGAGUGAGAGGAGGGGAGGCGGAAGCAUUGCAGCAGGUGGAAAACACGCCAGAAGACAGAGGGCUGGGAGUGGGGGCAGCAGGGAAAGCGCCAGCAGGGGAUGCAAAUCUAAGCAGCGGAAAGUCAAGCUUCAAGCAUUCUGAAGGGAGCAAAGCAGCAGCAGCAGUCCUCGUGCAAUCUCUUGCCCGGGCUGCAGCAUUCAUGCACCUCAAGCUGCUCGCCCUGGUGUGCUGCGUGGGGUUGAAGGAGCAGGACUGGCUGGAACUCCUCGGAGCAUGCUCCAAGCUCUUGACCUCGCUCGAGCUGAACUCGCGCCGUGCGCGCUCGCGUCUCUCUUACACAGGGCAGCCGCCACUCCCUCCCGUGCACCUCCUCCCUUCACUGCAGUCCCUCACGCUGCUCUACGUUCCCUCCGACUUACUCCCCAUUUCCCGCUGCUCCUCCCUCACCUCUCUCACCCUCUGCGCCCCUGAUUCUUCCGAACUUUCCUCCCUUGCAUUCACCUCCUCCUCCCUUGUCUCCUCCUCCUCGUCCCGCUCUUCCCGUGCUUCCUUCUCCUCACCUUCCCCCCCCACUCCCCCCUCCCCGCUCGCGUCCUCCCCCCCAUCCCCUCUCCGCACAACUCUCACAUCUCUCACUAUCCACUCCGCCGAUCUGCAGGGCUCCGUCUCUUCCCUCUCCCUCUUCCCCGCCCUCUCCUCCCUCUCCCUCCACUCCUGCACCAUCGACCCGUACGAGCUCCGCUCCCUCUCAGGCUCCCUCCACUCCCUCACCCACCUCGCAAUCCACUCCUCCCCACUCAUUUCCUCCGAUUCCCUCGCCCCAAUCCUCCAAGCCAAUCCUUCUCUCUCCUCCCUCUCCCUCCACGGCACCACCUACCGUUUGUUCAGAGCACAGGGCUUCAGCUCUCUCCUCUCUCGCUGCUCCUCCCAGCUCCACUCCCUCCACCUCGCUGGUCUACCCUGCUUCCGCCCGGGCUUGCUUGCAGCCUGCAGGAACCUGCACUCACUGAGCGUGGAAGGGGUGAUAGAGUCUAAGGAGAACCUACUGCCAAACAAUGUGUCUCUGGACUGCCUUGUGGCUAUGCUGGUACGCGUGGAGCAGACGGGGGUUGCGGGAGGGCGGCCAGGAGGGGAGGCAGGAGGAGAGAGUGGAGUGGAAGGGUGGGAGAAUGGACAUGCAGGUGUUUCUGCAGCAGCAAGCGCUGCAGGUGCUUCUGCAGCAGCAAGCGCUGCAGGUGUUUCUGCAGCAGCAAGCGCUGCAGGUGUUUCUACAGGUAGUGGGAGCAGCAAGCGCUGCAGGAAAUAUGUGGAUUUCUGCACAGAGGCAGCGGCGGCUCAGGCUGACAAAAUCGCAGCAGCGUCUGACGUAGUUGACCUUUUCAAAGCAGCCGACGAAGCCGCAAAGGCCGCCCGUUACGACGCGCACUGGGCGGCCUUCAUUGUUGGCGAGAACGCUGUGCCUCGGAUCGCCGCCAGCCUCGGAAAGAUCAGGUCCGGGAUCUCGGCGUGCCGGUCCUUCUCUGCUGCGAUCCGCGCAUCCAAUGCGGCUGUUGAGUGGGAGGAGAAGCUGAUGAGCGCAUUCAAUGCAAAUGCUGCUGCUGAUUCCAGUACAGAUGCUGCUGCUGCUGCUGAUUUGAAUAUAGAUGCCGCUGCUGCUGACUCCAAUAUAGAGACGGCUGCUGGCCAAAUGGCAGGAUUCUUUGCCACGGUGUUGAAUGGUGGAGAAGAGGAUGGGGAUGGGGAGGCGGAAGAAGGAGAUGACAUCAGGGGCAUGGAUGGCAUGCUGCCUGAUGAUGGCCUGCCUGAGGGUGUGUUGGGUGGGGUGUGGUCCAGUGCGGUGGAGACACGUGAAGAGGGGUUGGGUAGGCAACGGGAGCUUCUGGAGGAACUGGAGGAGCAGUUUUCUGCCAUGUCCGCCAUGCUCUACUUCUCCACCACUCCCCACACCUGGCUGCCUCCAACCCUUCCCUCUGCGCCUCCUCUCAUGUAUCUCUCCUCCCCCCCGCCUUCCUCUUUCCACACACCGUCCUCCUCCACCUCCUCUUGCCUCUCCCCUUGUCCUCUUUCCUCUCCCGCUGCGCGAAGCCCAAGCAUUCAGGCAAUGUCCUUUCACUCCAUUGCUCGAGCGGCUGUUUUUGGACAGCUGAAGCGCCUCUCCUUGGUGUGCUGCCUAGGGUUGGAGGAGCAGGAAUGGCUGAAACUACUCACUGCUUGUGUUAAGUUGGAGGAGCUCAAGGUGCAGCAAAACGACAAGUUUUCAGAUGCAGUGGUUGCGAGAAGUAGGCUGAGAAUUCUCAAUAGUUUGACUGUGCUCGGGUGUCCUAAGAUCACUGCAGCAGGCAUUGGAGAGGUUCUUGGAAGCUGUCCCAGGUUGCGGUAUUUGAAGGUGGAAGUUAAGAAGGUUCAGGUAAGGGCUAGGAGGGAGCUGCUUCGCGCUGGUGUGGUUGUGAGCUGUGGCUUCUGGAAACUUCCAGACUCACUUUUCCUCGGUAAGCUCGCGAUGGCGGAAGACAGAGGAGGCGCCGAGGAUAACAGGCUGCUAUCUCUCCCCGACGAGCUCCUCCAAAUCAUUCUCGGCCUCGCAGAUCACCCAUCCGAUCGCCGCAACGUCGCCCUCUCCUGCUCCCGCCUCCGCCACCUCUCGCGGCGCACGCCACAUGCGCUCCGACUAGUCAUCGUCACCAUCCGUCCCUCCGUCCGUCCCUCCGUCCGUCCCUCCGUCCGUCCGUCCCUCCGUCCGUCCCUCCGUCCGUCCGUUCCUCCGUCCGUCCCUCCCUCCCUCCGUCCCUCCCUCCGUCCCUCCCUCCGUCCCUCCCUCCGUCCCUCCCUCCGUCCCUCCCUCCGUCUGUCCCUCCGUCCGUCCCUCCGUCCCUCCCUCCGCCCCUCCCCCCUCCCCCAAGCCCCUCCCCCACCUCCCUCUCUCUCCCCCACCCUUUUCCCCAUGCCCCUUCCCCACCCCCUCCGCCCUCCGCCCUUCUAUCUUGCAUGUUUCGGCGGCCUCUCCUCGCAGACCUCGGCCACAUGCCUCUCGCAUCCUCCUUUUCUCCCUCCUCACCCCUUCCUCUUCGCCCCGCUCCCCUCCCUACUCGCCCCUCCCUCGUGCAGGCUCGUGACGCUCUUGGCUUCAUUGGAGCUAAACUCCCCUUCUGCGCGCUCAUGUUCCCCUCACACACAGCAGCCGCCUCUUCCCCCCGUGCACCUCCUCCCCUCACUGCAGUCCCUCUCUCUCCUCUACGUUCCCUCAGACUACCUCUCCAUUCCCCGCUGCUCCUCCCUCACCUCCCUCACCCUCUGGGGCCCUGAAUCCUCCUCCCUCACCUCCCUCACCCUCUGGGGCCCUGAAUCCUCCUCCCUCUCUUCCCUAGCCUUCUCCCCCUCCUCCUGUGCUUCCUCCUCCUCCGUUGCUUCCUCCCCCAUCCUCUCUCCACACGUCUCUCACGUCCCUCACCAUUUACUCCGCCCAGUUGUCAUGCUCCUUCGCACCCCUAACCUUCUUUCCCUCCCUCUCCUCCCUCUCCCUCCACUCCUGCUCUAUCGACCGUUAUGA